AUGGCCGACACAGACGAAGCCGCCAUUCACCUUCCGUCGCAUGACUCCGCGACACACAUCGACACGGACUUGUCCGAUGAGACGCAGGACUUUCGCAUGCUAAGCAAUCUUUCCUUCCUCGCAGAUACGUCGCAAGCUACUCUCCCCAAACGCGGUGAGAAGGACUUCGAACCGAACCCAACCCUGUACCAAGCCGAUAUCCUAGAUGCCUCACGUCAGGCUAUGCACAAUGCCCUUGCGCAUCCGCGGUUACACAAUCCAAAGAACCAGAUCAUUGGCAUCUACGCGCCCGAUGGACCUGCUCCGCCUCGAUCAUUAGCGACGCCAAAAACACUAGACACCAUUGCAGAGAAUGAUACCCCAGCACAGACCGCCGAGGCAGAGGAAAGUCAGUCUAAAAAGCCUGCAGGCACUGGGGCAAACGUCCAUCCGGAUUCCUGCGUCUACGUAACGAACCCGAAGGGACAGUUUUUCAAGAACAUGGGGCGCGCGGAUCGGUGGGGUCGGAUCUGGCUUCUGCCAGAGGAAGCUUUGUAUAUGCUUGAGCGAGGCAGUCUGGAUGUUAGGUGGCCGCAGUCAGCAACGGGAUGUGAGGAUGAUGGUGAGACGGAGGACUCUGGGAUCCCGAUGAGCUUGCAGGCUGCGUAUGCGUGUUUCAUUGGACAUGGGGGGUUGACGAUCGAUCGGUUUUCUGUUUACUCCGGAUUGAGGAGGUUGGGUUACACACUUAUCCGAGCUCCUGGGUGGUACGAUGAGGCGGAGGAAGAGUUCGAGGACCCAGAAUCAACCAAGCGACAAGGUCCGGGUCUGGCGGGAAUCUAUGGGCGAUUUAUGAAUUGGCUGCAUAGCUCUACUACCACGGCUGUAGGGCCUGUUGCUGGCCUUGGGAUCCAUCGCAAUUACAAUGAUAUCUACCGCAAGCUUUCGAUAAUUCCUUUCUACGAUCCUACAACUCCUUUAUCCCAAGCCCCGCAGACGAAACCGCCAUUCCGCGUUGUAUUCUAUGUCUACAAGCCAUCUACUCCAUUCCGCAAAUCUGCCCCUCCUGCACCGGACUUCAGAGUUGCUGUCGUCAAUGCUCGCACGCAAACUACGGUGCCAACGUUAGCUCAACUCGGCACCCUCCUUGAGAGCACACCCUUGGAUCCGCCAAAAGGCGAGAAGAUGGAAAGAAUGCUCUACAUGCGACUCCGACAUGGAUACCGGAACGUUGUCUUGGCGGUUGUCGACCAAGGCGUUGUAAGCUACCUCCGGGUCGCCGAUGCAGCGUUUGGAAAGGAAAAACUAUAUAAUAGACCUGCUCCUUCCGGGAACAAACGGGGUGCGAAUCCUCGCAACCCCCGGCCGAAGCCCAAGGACGUGGCCGGGCUUGAAAAAGCACAAUCAACCAGAAUGCAAACAAUACGACUCAGCAUGCGCUGCGCAGCAAUGCCAACAUCGCACCUCCCCUCUCUAGGCCGCCAAUUCAAUAGGCGCAUAUUGAACACAGCUCUCUCCCCAGCCUGCAAUGCCCCGCCAGUGUCACAAAGACGAUCUCUCUCAUCCCAGUCACCCAGCACCUCAGCACGCCUCACCGGCCGUACCUGCAUGAUCACAGGCGGGACAUCAGGCAUUGGAUUCGCCAUCGCAAACCGAUUUCUCCAAGAGGGCGCAGAGCGCGUCAUUCUCGUCGGACGAUCGUACGAGCGGCUCCUCAAAGCCGCCGCCAGCCUCCAAGUCCAUGGUGAAGGUGCCCAGAACCAAGAAGCGGCUGAUGACACAGCAUCAAAGUCGCAGGGGACUCUGGUCGAAACGUCGGAUAGAAUAAGUCUCCUUGUGGGCGAUGUAUCGGAGGCUGGAUCGUGGCUACGUGAGCUGGAGAAGGCGAUGCAACCAGUCGACAUCCUAAUCAACGCAGCUGGGAUCUCCCACUCCAAUAUUCUUCCCAAGAUGUCUCCCGAAGAUAUCUCACAAACCCUCCGGACAAACCUUGAAGGCGCGAUCUUGGCAUCCCGCGCGCUUCUCCGUGCGUCUCUCCGCAACAGGGUAAAAAGCCGUUCCGGCGAGACCCGACCUGCAUCUAAAUGUAUCAUAAACAUCUCAUCAUUACUAGCGCUGAAAGGCGGAACCGGCGCAGUCCCAUACGCCGCUUCCAAAGCUGGGCUUCUCGGCCUCACCAGGUCGUUAACAGUCGAGGCGGCUGGUUCUCUGCGCAAUGUGGUCGUGCGGUCGAAUGCGAUUGUGCCGGGCUAUAUUGAGACGCCGAUGAUUGCGGACUUUAGCGAGGGGCAGAAUGAGAGGUUGAAGGAGAGCAUUCCGCUAGGUCGGUUUGGGGCACCGGAGGAGAUUGCGGAUGCGGCGGUGUUUCUGGCAGGCAAUGAGUAUGCGAAUAAUUGCGUCAUUAAUUUGGAUGGGGGCUUGAGUGCCGUCUAA